AUGUACAUGGACCUGAGCUUGGGCACACUGGUCGAAGACACUCAAGAAGUGCAAGAAGAACACCAAGAAGAAGAGCAAGAAGACGACUUGUACCAGCAGCGAGCUCUAGGUCAAGAUCUCCAGCAUGGCGGCGGCGAGCCAAGCCACGCGACGGAGCGAGAGCACAUGUUCGACAAGGUGCUGACCCCGAGCGACGUCGGCAAGCUCAACCGGCUGGUGGUGCCGAAGCAGCACGCGGAGCGGUUCUUCCCGGCGGCCGGCGCCGGGACGCAGCUGUGCUUCGAGGACCGCGGCGGCGUGCCGUGGCGGUUCCGGUACUCCUACUGGGGGAGCAGCCAGAGCUACGUCAUGACCAAGGGGUGGAGCCGCUUCGUCCGCGGCGCGCGGCUCGCCGCCGGGGACACCGUCUCGUUCUCCCGCGUCGCCGCCGGCGGCGGCAGCCGGUACUUCAUCGACUACCGCCACUGCCAGCGCCGCCGCCAUGAUAUCAGCUUCGGCGAUGCUGCCGCCAUGCCGGCGGCGUGGCCGACAGUCACCAGGAGGGGGGGUGCAACGGUGGCCGUGGACACGGCGCUCGUCCCCGUCGCCGGUCAUGGCAUCGAGGUGGGACCCACAGCAGGAGCGAGGAGCUUCAGGCUCUUCGGGUUCAAUGUCGAGUGCAGUGGCGACGACGGCGCAGCAGCAUCGGCGGCGUCCGCCGAGUUGGAGUACGUCGACGGCGACAGCUAG